AUGACUCUCCUCGUGAUUCUUGUAUGCUGGCUGGACAAACGCCUAACAUUGGACAAUGGGAAGUCCGUAAAGCAAGGAUUAGUUUCUUCAGUGGCCCGUUACUCCGUUUGGAUCCUAUACUGGUGGUUUCAGAGCCUUACCAUUUGCGGGAUCUGGCUUAUCGGCCACGAAUGCGUUCAUGGUUCCUUUUCGCCGUACCCAGCUCUGAAUGAUUUUGUUGGAUUUAUAUUACAUUCGUCUCUCGGCACACCCUACUACAGCUGGAAGUACUCGCAUCACCACCACCAUACAUACAACGGACACCUCGACAAGGAUGAGCACUUUAUUCCGGGAGUUUUUGAAGCACAUGAUUCCGACAACAAUACUAGCUUCUGGGAUUGUAUCGAGGACACUCCGAUAUAUCAAACCGUCAAGCUUAUGUUGUAUCAAUUGUUCGGGUUUCAAUUAUAUCUUCUCUUCAACGCAUCUGGACAGCCUAGAUAUCCUCGCUGGACAAGUCAUUUCAAUCGUGAGCUAACGCACUUCCCUAAUAGUGGUUAUUCUUCUCAUAAGCAAUCAUCAGCGAACAGUAUUAUUUUCGGGCGUUCGCAGCGUAUGCACGUUGUCCUAUCCGAUAUUGGCAUAUUCGUCGCUUUAUCAUCUCUUAUCUACACCAUAUAUGCCACACAGAUGACGCUAGGCCUGGCAAUACGCUUAUGUGGUGUGCCUUGGUUGCUCCUCAACCACUGGAUAGUGAUGAUUGUGACCCUUCAUCACACGGACGUACUCUUGCCUCGCUACAGGAAAGGCGCGUUCACGUUUUCGCGAGGAGCACUCGUUACUGUUGACCGGAAUUUCCUCGGUUGGCAGGGAAAGUUCUUUCUGCAUGAGGUCUCCCAUUUUCAUGUCGUACACCAUUUCUUUCCAUCAAUUCCGUUUUAUAAUCUAGAGGAAGCGACUCAGUAUGCGAAGAAGGAGCUCGGCAGCGAUUACCACUCCUGCGACACUCCUGUAUUUCGAGCUCUCUGGGAGAACUCCUUACGAUGUCGGUUUAUCGAUGCAGAAGGCGAUAUUGUGUUCUUUAAGGAUAGGCUUGGAAACACACGCUACAGAAGCGCCGUCGAAUAG